UGAGAGUGUGAGUGAUGGGUUUUACUAAAGAUAGACUCUCAUACUGAACUCGUACAUUAAUCCAAAAUCUUUAAAGCAGGAGUAGCUCAAAAUCUUUAGUGAGCAAUUCCUAACAACAACCUUACGACGCUAAUCAGCUUCUUCAAGAUCCUUAGCCCAAAAAAUCCCUUUACUUUUAUAAACCAUUUUUUUCCUCCAUUUUUGCCAAAAUAAGUUCCAUGCUCUUGCUCUCCAUCACUUCUCUUCCGUGCAUUCAAAUGGUGUUCGAAAUGUCAACUUUGGGCUAAGUGAUUCACGCCCUUUUACAUGAAUAUUCUGGUUUGCUUUUAAGCGUGUAUGUGUGCUCUGCUUUGGUUGAUUUGUAUGCCAAGUCAUUGUUUACCUAGAGUGCCGCCAUGUUGUUCGAUGAAAUUCCUGUGAAGAACACUGCUCUGAAUUUCUUAACAAUGCAAAACCAUUUGUAAGGCCUUCCUUUCCCGAGCUUAUACAAAAUGUAAAACAAUACCAGGGGAAAAGACAUCACCAUUCAUUUCCAUGCUGAUGUUCAUUUAUCAGCCAGACCAUCUUGUGAGUUGCUCUUCUGAUUUACAGCUAUGCCUUCUAAUACAGUAUACUCCCCCGUCCACUUUUAUGUGAUAAUGUUUGACUUAGCACGGAGUUUAAGAGAAAGAAAGAAAUACUUUUGAAACUUGAGUUCUAAAACAAGCCAUAGAGAUUUGUGUGGUUAUAAAUCAUAUCUUUAAGGUUAAGACGAGAAGUUUAAAGUUGAAUUGUUUCUAAAUAUAGAAAAAUAUCAUUCUUUUUGGGAUCGAUUAAAAAAGAACGUGUGCCGCAUAAAAUGGGACAGAGGAAGUAAUGAAUAAACUACCCGAUGCUAGGAUCAAACAAUUUAGAAGUUUUGAUUACUUAAACACUAGACCAAGAAUUGAAAUAGUCAUGUACUUGCCUAAAUCAAUAUCUUAGCUUGCUACUUCUUGUUGGUUCUGCUCUUCACAUAAACUGUAAAGAGUUGAUGCUUUGGUGUAGUUGAUUAACUUAUCAUUUGACACUAUAGCUAGAGGAGGAAUUAGGCUCUCCAUGCACUAAGAAGCAUGUUGUUCUCGAGUCACCUGAUGAGCAUUCAGAGGCUAUUUCUCUCCUGUCCAGAACUCGUUUUAGUUUUACUGUACAUUUUGAGGUCUUUGUACCUAGUACCAUGCAGGCCUAGCUCUGGCUAUGAAGUGCUGUUCAAAGUCAACUUGUUGUGGUUUAUAUAAUCUGAUCAAAUAUUGAUUUUCUUGACAAAUUUAAGCCAGCAUGUUGUUUUUGUGGAUUAGUACCAGUCUAUAUCAUAAUUGCUCUGGCUGUCCAUAAGCUUCUGCAUUCUUCUCUUUGCUUGUUUCCUACAAAAUUACAGCUGAGGUCCACCCAUGCUCAGCAUUGGCUCAACAAAAGUAGUUGGUUUUGUUUUUCUUUGACCAGAAACAUGGCAUGACCUUCUUAUUGAUAAAUGAAACUGGAGAAAUAUUCUAACCUUAUCCAAUUCUCUAUUAUUUCCAUUACUAAUCAUCACAAUUUGACCGUUUUUAAGUGAUCUCGAAGCCUUUAACUGCAGCACCACUUGGUACCAAAAGAGUAAGACAGUAGUUUUUUGUCAUAAGAACCAACUUGUGUCCUGUGCCACUGCUUUAGCAAUAUGGAUGAUCAGAUUUUUGUCUAAAAUUCUCAGGAUAUGCCCUUAUAGAUUCGCGUUUGAUGAUCAAUCAUUGGAAUUCUGACUACAACUUAUUGAUUUAACUUCAAGAAAUGGCUAGAGGUGGUCCCUAACUAAACCAUUUUUCAAGAAGAUGAGGUUUCCAUAUGUUCUUUGUUGUGAAGAUCAGGGGGACCCUCUUCUUUUAGACUAGUCUUAAUAUAUUUUAUUGUAUGACAAUGAUUUGGAAGGCAAAACCAUGUCUUACUUGAGGUGCUAUUGUUUUUAGCUGGUGCCCACAAAAUACUAUUCAAUGCACAUCAUUAGGACUCUACAACUUGUCAUUGGCCUAUAUACACAUAUACAAAGAAGGGUUUACCAUAACAGCUCUCACCAAAACUUGAAACCAUACAAAGCUUUUCUCUGCUUUCAGGGUCCUUUUUUGACAAGUACUUUCAGGGUCCUUACUAAUUCUCCCCUUUCUUAAUUUCUCAUCUGUAUUGAACUUAACGACCAUGGCUAUCUGUAUGCCUCGUAUAAUGAAGAAGUCUUCUACAGCUGGAGAUGUUCCAAAAGGACACUUUGCAGUGUAUGUUGGAGAGAAGCAGAAGAAGAGAUUUGUGAUCCCUAUAUCAUUCUUGAGCCAACCUUCAUUUCAAGACUUGCUAAGUCAAGCAGAGGAAGAAUUUGGCUUUGAUCAUCCAAUGGGUGGUGUCACAAUUCCUUGCUCAGAGGACAUCUUCAUUGGCAUAACUUCCCAGUUUAGGAUUUAAGUAUAUAGUUUAGAUCAUUUUUCCUUUUUAGACCUCACAAUUUUGUAUAUCAAAGUAGGAUAUCCAUCUUGUAUAGUUGAAGUUGGUUAAUUAGAAGCUAUGUAAAGCUUAGCACCACAAAAAUUGGCGCUUUUUGACUCACAAAGACACUAAUUCAAAGAAUACAGAUACAACAUUCUUUUCUCUCACUUAAUGCAUCCGAAAGAAAUUUAUCUUGCGGUGCUGAAAAAUUCAGCUUAUCCACUUCGCCAAUAUAUAAGAUAGAGUUUUCUGUGUUCUAACUGUGUAUAAGAUAUUUAUAGAAGUAGGUCACUUACAAGGUAUACAAAUAAAUUUUUAUGAUUAGUAUUUAGUAAUUGGUAACCUAAUAACCUAUUAUAAUAAACCGUGCUAUUAGUGCACAAAAUGUUUAUGCUA